AUGGGAUUCGGACAUUUAGGAUUCUCGGUGCCUGAUGUCUCACAAGCGGUAGAGCGGAUGCGGGCAGCGGGCGUCAAGAUAUUCAAAGAGCUUGACACUGCUGAGCGCGAGCACAUCCCUCUCACAAAGUGGGAAGAGGAGCGUGGUGUUGGUGUUGGCGAGUUGCACCCGAACUAUAAACAAGGGUUUUCUGAAGUUGCUUUUGUGCAAGAUCCGGAUGAAUACAUUGUUGAGCUGCUAUCCCAGACGGUUUAA